GAGAGGAGGAGGAGGAGGAGGCCUCUGCCCCUCCGAGCGUGGCCUCCCAUGGACACCAAGACACAGAGCCUUUCUGUCACCCACACCCAGCCCCACGGCAACUGUCGGCCCCAAAGCCACGCCUGCAGCCAGUGCAACUGCAGCCACCACUGCCAGAACUGCAGCCAGAGUUGCCGACGGAACAAGGGUUGCAGCCGGAGCUCCAGCCAGAGCCCGACCAGCCACCGCAGCCCACUGCGGUCCUGCAGCCCAUCCAGCCAUCAGAGCCAGAGCCCAAGCCCCAGCCCACCAGCAAAGCACCACAAACAGAUCAUGCACUCCCACCACCACUCUCCCACGCGGCCCACCGCCCACUGCAGCAGCUGCCCCAGGAACAGAAAGACCUUGGAAAGCAAGGUGAACAAGAAGAGGAAGGUGGGCAAGAGGACCCACCAGGUGUACAAAACAAAGAGGCAGAACACAGGGCGGAGAUACAAGUGACGAGACGGCACUCCUCGGCUUGUUCCUGUGUGUCACCCAGAUGAGAAGUGCCAUCAUGCGUGGAAUGCUAGGACAAAGGCAAUCUUUUAGCAGGAACGUGUUACUACGGUGACUUCUAUGCAACACUGAUUAAAGCUUGUACGCUGGAUGA